GCUGGCCCCUCCCGGCCUCCGCGCGCGGCUCCUCCCCGGCGCCCGCUCAGUCCGGCGCGCGCUUCCGCAGGUGGCCGCGAUGCCCGGCGCCCCCGGCCCGCUGCGCCUGGCGCUGCUGCUGCUCGGGGCGGUGGGCAGGGCCGGCCCCCGUCCGCAGGGUGCCACUGUGUCCCUCUCAGAGACUGUGCUGAAGUGGCGAGAAUACCGCCGCCAGUGCCACCAGUUCCUGGCUAACUCCCCACCUCCAGCCACAGGUGUGUUCUGCAACCGGACGUUUGACGACUAUGCUUGCUGGCCAGACGGGCUCCCCAACUCCUUGGUGAAUGUCAGCUGCCCCUGGUACCUGCCCUGGGCCAGCAGUGUGCCGCAGGGUCACGUGUACCGGUUCUGCACGUCUGAUGGCCUCUGGCUGCAGAAGGACAAUUCCAGCCUGCCCUGGAGGAACCUGUCAGAGUGUGAUGAGUCCAAACAAGGGGAGCGAAGCUCCGUGGAGGAACAGCUCCUGUCCCUCUAUGUCGUCUACACGGUGGGCUACGGGCUCUCCUUCUCCGGGCUGGUCGUCGCCUCUGCCAUUCUGCUCGGCUUCCGACACCUGCGCUGCACACGGAACUACAUCCACCUGAACCUGUUCGCAUCCUUCAUCCUCCGCGCACUGUCGGUCUUCAUUAAGGAUGCGGCCCUCAAGUGGAUGUACAGCACCGCCCCCCAGAAGCACCAGUGGGACGGGCUCCUCAACUACCAGGAGUCUCUCGGCUGCCGCCUGGUGUUCCUGCUCAUGCAGUACUGCGUGGCGGCCAAUUACUACUGGCUCCUAGUGGAGGGCGUGUACCUGUACACCCUGCUGGCCUUCUCCGUCUUCUCUGAGCAUCGCGUCUUCAAGCUCUACCUGGGCAUAGGCUGGGGUGCUCCUCUGCUGUUUGUUAUCCCUUGGGGCAUCGUCAAAUACCUCUAUGAGGACGAGGGCUGCUGGACCAGAAACUCAAACAUGAACUACUGGCUCAUUAUGCGGUUACCCAUUCUCUUUGCCAUUGGGGUAAACUUCCUCAUCUUUGUGCGGGUCAUCUGCAUCGUGGUGUCCAAGCUGAAAGCCAACCUCAUGUGCAAGACAGACAUCAAGUGCAGACUUGCCAAGUCCACGCUGACACUCAUCCCCCUGCUGGGGACCCACGAGGUCAUCUUCGCUUUCGUGAUGGACGAGCACGCCCGGGGGAUGCUGCGCUUCAUCAAGCUUUUCACAGAGCUGUCCUUCACCUCCUUCCAGGGGCUGAUGGUGGCCAUCUUGUACUGCUUUGUCAACAAUGAGGUCCAGAUGGAGUUUCGGAAGAGCUGGGGGCGCUGGCGGCUGGAGCACCUGCACGUGCAGCGGGAGAGCAGCAUGAAGCCUCUCAAGUGCCCCAGCAGUAGCGUGUACGCGGCCACCUGCCAGGCCUCCUGUGGCUGAUGCCGCCCGGCAGCCCUUCCCGGGGGAGACAGGGGAGAGACACACGAGUAGCCCCACCGUCCCUUCUCCAAACCAUCAGACCGGCAAAUAGCCCUGUCUCCUGGGACCCAGGGACACAUUUCCUGCACGGAGAAGCAGCCUGCUAAUUCGAUCACCAUGGCUGGAGGAGAGGAAGAACAGCAGUGUCUGCAAUCAGGAGGAUUUCUUCCCAUCAAGCCACCAGCCCCUGGAGUCCCCCAGACUGAGUGGCCCAUCAGUCCAAGCUCAAAGCCAAGGUCAACGGCCUAUUAGAGGGUGGAGGGGGUUGCAGGAGGCAGGACUCUCCUAUCUCCUCAGCCCAGGGCACUGCUGGGCUGAGUUCAAGCCACUCUGCAUUGGCUGCAUGUGAGGUCGCCACCCCAUCUGUCUCCUCUUUAAGGAACCAUUCCUGUGUCUGGCUCGCUUGUUUCCUCAUCUUAGCCCCACUUUUUGCCACCUGGUUUCUCCUUGGAGACUUGGUCUGGGCCUCAGCAGUGGUUCUAGAAUGAGCAACAAGAAGGAAGGCACCAGAAGGGUUGCGUGGUGCAUGCACCCUCUCCCUGGUAUUCAGGUUCUUGGGGCUUGCUCCUUUGGUGCCUGGGAAAUGAGAGGAGGCUUGCUCCCAAGGUGCCAGCCCUGGGUCAGGCCCUUACUACUGUUCUGUAGAAGCUCAAAAAUCAUCAAUUUAGGGCUGGAGCAAUAACACAGAGGGUAGGGUGCUUAUCUUGCAUGUAGCCAACCCAGGUUUGAUUCCUGGCAUCCCACAUGGUCCACCAAGCCAGCCAGGAGUGACCUAAAUGCAGAGCCAGGAGUAAGCCCUGAGCCCUGCUGGAUAUGCCCCAAAACCAACAACAACAAAAAGAAUUAGUAACCUUAGGAACAUUCAAGCCAGCAUGUGGGUUACCUGCCGUUGUGGGGGACCCAGAGGGCAAAGAGACUUCCUCCCCUCUCUCUCCCCAGGGUGGUCAGUGUGGUGUGGGAGCACGAGCACACCCUCUAGCUUUCGGGGAUGUGACCCAGGAGAGACUCUUCCCAGGAAAUUACCUACCAGUCUCCACUGUCAUCAUGGAGACCCACUUCCCCCACCCCACCGCCUGCCUCUUUGAAAUGUUGCUCUCCAGAAGCUUGGCUAUGCUUUAUUCGUUUUUGUCUAUUAUUGUAAAUAGUCUUUGUGUAAACAUUCAGUUCUGAUCUCCCCCUCCACCACCCCACCAUGAAAAUAAGAAUUCAAUCAUUGUGGUCACUGUGAUGUUGUUGGGAGAGUCGUUGAUUGGACUCAGCCACACUUUGAGCUCAUUGAUUUCUGCCCUUCCUCUGGAUCCAACCCAUAAUGCGGGGUGACUGAGGGGUGAGGUGGGGCAGAUCCCUCAGUCCUACCCAGGCAGGAAAGAGCAGACACAGGGCAGUGCUGCAGAGAUGAGGCAGAAGGAACAGCUGUGUCCAGGGGCUGGUGAGCGUGUGGAUGCAAAGGACGUUUCCCGAGAAGGACAGAACUCCUGGGCAUUGAGGCCCCUGGCAGGGCAGCGGAGAGUGGCCCAGUGAAUUCCUUUAUGAAAGUUGGUCUCUCCCUUCUCUUCCCCUGUAAGAACCCACACACACUCUCCCGUGCCCCUCAGAGAGACAUGUGGUGUGCAGGGGAAAUAAUAAUAGAGCAUAAAACGCACCAAGCAGAAAAUGCCUUCUGUUUCAGCUUCAGUGAAGUGUUAUGUUAAUGUUAAUAGGGAAAUGGAACCUCGGGCUAGAGGAAAGAAUGUGAUGUCUCCUUGGUGGGAAAGGCUCGGUAGCAAAACAGAAGAUGGGGGGAUCCCUACUAGGAAAAAGGGAAACUCCCCUGAAGGCAUUGUUCACUGACUCUCUCUGGAGUGGGGAGGUGGGAAGGGGUAUAAUGCAGGGGUGCAGUUCUGAUGCCGGUCAGUGUUCUGGUUUGGGAUAAACUGGGAGCUCUCAAGAAUCAUUAAUCUCACACACAGCAACAAAGACAGAUGCAUAGAAUCUGUAAGAAAGAAAUGGUUGUGGGGCUGGAGCAAUAGCAUAGUGGGUAGGGCAUUUGCCUUGCACGUGGCCAACCCGGGUUCGAAUCCCAGCAUCCCAUAUGGUCCCCUGAGCACCGCCAGGAGUAAUUCCUGAGUGCAAAGCCAGGAGUGACCCUGUGCAUCGCCGGGUGUGACCCCCCCAAAAAAAAGAAAGAAAGAAAUGGUUGUGAGGAGGAGUUGAGGGAAGAAAGUGUUUAAAGUUGGAUACAUGAGAAAGUUCAAAUAAUUCAGUUUAGUUUAAACUAUGAAUAGUUGGGAUGAUUUUUUUCCCAACUAGUACUGGUGAUUCUUGAUUUUAGAAGGCUUCACUCACACACACACACACACACACACACACACACACACACACACACAUGCGCGCGCACGUGCGGGUGUGUCUUUUUAAAGCCUGUUAACACAUAGGAACAUUUUCCUUCUCGGAGACAUACCAGAUACUGAACUGAAGCAAUAUUUCUUUACUCUAAGAUCCACACUAUUAAUAUUCAUUUGAAUGACAGUAUAUGCCUUCCCAGCUAUUCCCAAACUCUCUCGAGCUAAGUAUAGCUCUCAGGUCUGGGAAUGCAAUGUGCCCUGAGAUUCCACUGGCUGUUUACACACGCUCGGUGCCGCCAGUCUGGCUCUUGGCUGGAACUCCGUCUCUUCGGCCUGGAGCCCUGGCUGACCAGCAGGGUGCAGGUGCCUGCGUGAGCAGCCGCCUCGGAGUCAGGAGAGCAGGCUGGCUUCAGCACUCUGGCCAGCUCCCACAAACUUGAUCUGGGCUUAAAACGCUGUCCUUUUCAGUCCAUGGGGCAAGUCAAUCAACUGGGACAAACCCUUUUUUUUGCAUAGUAAACAGCUGCCUUUUCUCUUUAGGAUGAUGUGAACUUUGUCGUGGGCAUUUCAAUGGUCUCCGUGAGGGUUGAGCUAAAAGGGGGGUCCUCAGAGACUAGGGGUCUGCUGCGCAGGUCUAGACUCAGUUCCCCCUCCCAGCCCAGAGAGGCCUCUGGGAAGGACCAGGGAAAACACUGGCCAUUCCAGACUCUGCAAGAAAAGAUCAGUGGGCAGCGGUAUCUAGGGUUUUUGUUGUUGUUGUUGUUGUUAUUACUGCUUAAGGAAAUGCAGCAGCUAAAGUAAACACUUGGGUGGUGAUGGUGCCAGCUCCUCGGUGCUUGGUACUGCUGGGAGGAGGGCCUGGGCUGCUUCUCGUCCUCAUUCACCCCUACCUCCCCUGUCUUUCAUCAAUAAGGUGCCUCUGAGUUUAGGGAUGCAUAUAAACUGUGGGGGACUCAUUUUGGAGAGCCAAACUCUGAAUGGGUUGGCCUCAUGUUUUCUAAAUGCAUCUGCACUGGUUAAAGAAGUGGUCCCCCUCGCCACACAGAAGAACCAGAAGAGAGAGUGCAUGACCAGUGCUCAAACUGAAAAUAAAGAGUAGACUGGUGGGUGUUAUGGGGGGUCAGAGCCACCUAGCAGAGGACACUGGGCACAGUCAGUUCACAUUCAGGCCCAAGGAAACUCAGACUCCUUCUCUGUGUGGGUUGUUUCAGGAGCUCACUGGUGUGGUCCAUUUCCUCCCAUCUCCUCUGGGAGAAGAAAGAAGGAAAGGGAAGGAAGAGGGAAGGGAGAGCAGGAAGGAGGGAGCUAGGAAGAGAGAGAAGGGGAGAGAAUUACAGAACGUCCUGUGCAUAUCAACAUAAAGUUAGGAGUUAAUGAGCUCAGCACCUGCACAGCCUCUGAAGGUUGGGGACUGCACGCCCAGGGCAAGGAGGGCGCUGGAGUGAGUGCAGAUGCUUCCUCUCCAUGCACAGACAGGCUCCCAUUAUUGCUAAUGCCCGCAACGUGCUCCAGGAUGGCGAAAUAGAGUCAAAUAUAGUCCCGAGGUUUGUUUUCCCUCCACUGAAUUGAUUCCAAUCUACACUGCUGACCCUGCUUCUGCCUCCCAGGAGGCAAACUCCAGAUACACCCUCAAAGCCUGGUUUUCUCUGCUAAGACAGCUCUGCGGAUGACAUGCAAAAUAGUCAACAGAAACCAGGGUCAUAACAGCUCAAACUUUGUUUUCCUUUUCUUGGAUAUAGUGAAUUUUCUUAAGAAAAUGGUCCAAUGGCAGCAACUUCUGCAGACUCCACUACCCCCAUCCACUACCCCCGCCCAGUGUUACCUACUGGCUCCCACCAGCUCUCCCACUCCACAGAGGGCCUUGCCAGAAAGCAGCAUUAAAUAACUUUAAACAGUUAAUGUCAAAGUGCAUCCCCAGCAUCUGUGAUUACUCCUGCUCUGCUGAUGGGUACAGAUUGGCAGGGAGCACAGCGGCUUUCCAGUUUGUUCUAUGGCAUCUCUUCUGUAUUCGAAUCUAGAAGAGGGGAGAGUUUUCUCACCUGUUCCAUGGAGAUUGUCACCAGAUAUUUUCAGGGUCUCACCCAACCGUGGUGUAUUCACCUCCCAGAUGCAUCCAGCCUACCACCAUGUCACCCCUAUACUCUCCCCAGUCCCCAUGAGCCUUGCCCUAGUGAGUUUCUCUUCCUGUUGCCAUUCUCUCAGCUGUGACCAAGUUAAGGAUGCAGCUGAGAGCACAAUGCUGCCAGGUGAAAAGGAUGCACUGUGUUUCACAGCCUGGUGCAGUGAGGAGUAGGGGAGCUGGCAACUUGCACCCAACUUACACUGGGGUUUUGUACACUUUCCAAAUGGGCCCUAUCCAAGAAUCAGUAAUUCAUCAACCUGGACAAUCUAGCGUGACUAGCACAAGAGGAAAAGCAAUUCAGGAGAAGUAAAACAUUCAAAAAUCAGGGCAUUUAUAAGUGCUAAGAAGAACAGAGUGUGGGAUAUGUUACAAGUUAGGUUCUUUGCUUCUUUGCAGGAAGGAGCAAGGUUUGCCCAAGAAAGGCAGAUCUGCACCUUGCUAAAUGGGUCACACUCUAGUUCUGGACCUGUACUUCUUCUAGCCUUCUCCCAAUUAAAAUAGGCAUGGCAUACUCAAAGAAAAUAAACCUCAAAUCCCACUGGGCUAGAAAGGGAUUCAACCCUGAUCCUUAAAUAUAGCCAUAGGGGGCAGAGAACUAGUACAGGGGAUAACUUGCAUGCAAUUGAACUUCACUCAAUUACUGGCACCACGUGGCCACCCAGACUCUGCCACAGUUACCUCAAGCACAGAACUCCCAUAGUCCUGGAGUCCCACUGGGUGGGACACAAAAUGACAGAAAGGAAGGAAGGAAGGAAGGAAGGAAGGAAGGAAGGAAGGAAGGAAGGAAGGAAGGAAGGAAGGAAGGAAGGAAGGAAGGAAGGAAGGAAGGAAGGAAGGAAGGAAGGAAGGAAGGAAGGAAGGAAGAUAGGUGAGCCAAGUUCUCUGGAGGGGCAAAGCUGAGUUUUCAUUUUCAGUACUCUUGGGGGCUGUAUGCAUUUCAUGAAUGUUUAAACAGGCAAUUUUCAUGCUAUUUCUUAUUGUAUAAAUUCCUGUAAAACAGGACCUGCAUCUAUAAGUAGGAAAUGUGUAUGGUGUAUAAUUCCUUGUACAGAUGUGAAUGGAUUCAGGCUUUUUCCUAAUUUGCCUUGUAAAUCAAAUAAAAGCCUGUCAUUACUGUG